AUGAGAUUGUGCAAUGCUGAUGUGGACGAAGCUGAGCGCAACCCUUCUCAGUUCGAAGACUUUGACGAACCGGAAGAUGAUGAAGGUUCCUCAAAGUCGUUCUUCGACCUCCGCCAGCGGACACUGAGCGGGAUGGAUUUGAUGCCGGCCUUUCGUGUUGUGGUUCUCGGUUUGGCUCGGAAGCUGAAGAACAACACCAAGGAUUCCAUCUUGUAUUCGGAGGUGGAAGAUGCAUUGGGCCGAUACUUCAGAGUUUUAGACUCUGAUAUGCAGAGGUUUGCAAACCUUCAUGAGAUUCUUCGAGAUGCUGCAGAUAAAGCAGGUGCUGCGGGAACCAGUUUAGUUGGUUCUCCACCUGCAGUUCUUGCCAUUCACAAUGCUGGCAUUGGCUUGUUGCAUGAGGGCAUGCGAGAAAUUGCUGUGGUGCUCUUGGCCUGUGGCGAGAUGCAACGGCAAUGCCUUGAUCUGAAGCUGGACGCACAGCGCUCCAUCGCCUCCGCAUCCUCGGCGCCACACAUCAGCUACUCAAAGUAUGCGGAUUUCUUGGACGAGGCCAUGGCGUUGUGUGACCAACUGCGCCGCAAGCAUGAGGAGCUUCAACAGCAGCGUAUCCGCGCCAUGGCAAAGCUCACGGAGGCCAAAUUGGCGGCCGUCGAUGGAGUCGUUUCACCCACGAGUCCAGCAUCGUGA